AUGGAAAAACUAUUCAGAAACCAAGAUUUAAACGUUAGUGUAAGAAUUACCAGAAAAGGUGAUGAGGUCCUGUUUUACGCAAAAGAUGUGGCGGAAUCUCUUGGGUACCUUGACACAAAGAAAGCAGUUAGAAACCAUGUUUGGGAAGAGGAUAAGUGCACUCUGGGGUCCAUCCGUAAGGGUGUCCUCGAGGACACCCUUCCAAAGGGUCAUCCUAGCACCGUCCUAAUUACGGAACAGGGUUUGUACCAAUUAAUUUUUGGAUCGGAGCUUAACACAGCAAGGGAGUUCAGGAGGUGGGUAUUCACCGAGGUCCUCCCAGCUAUCCGCAAGACGAGCUCGUAUGAAUUACCAGAUAGAAGGUCACUUAGGUAUAACCAAAUAAUCCUUAUAAAUGAAACGGACCUUCAUCACACAGUUGUGAGUUACAUUAGAGAUAACUACCCAGAGGCUGUAAUAAUACCUGGUCUAGGUGAGUACCAGGAUACUGUGUCAAAGAGAUGUGACGCUUGGAAGAAGGGAUACAAAGGCGGUCAGCCGGAUCUUAUUAUAGAGAAUCCUAUGGGGAAGUACAAAGGAUUUGCCAUUGAAUUCAAGUCUCCUAAGGGCACAGGAAUUGCAAGUGAGAAGCAGGUAGUAUGGUUUCGUAUGCUUAUGGAAAUAGAGUAUAUGGUAAUGAUAUCCGACGAUCUAGUGAAAACUUGUAUUAGAAUUAAUGAGUACUUCUCACUUAAGAAAACCGUAAGAAAAGUCGCAGUAAGAAAUUCAACUUGCGACGUAAAGACCUACAAGCCAAGGUUCAAAUUAGAUAAGUACUAG